UGUUAUUUUUAUUCUUAUAGUGAUAUAAUGUUCCGGUUAUUUAAAAUUUAACUAUAAUUUUCCUCGUGACUUACAUAUUAUUUUAUACUAUUUUUAUUUAUUAUAAUUAUGGACACAUUAUUUUUGUCCACCAUACCUGAUUCUAAAGGUACAAUUAUGAUUCAAAAAUUGUACGCAUCCGAUACUAUAUUAGACAACAGUCAGUUCAACCAGUAUGUCUUACUAAAAAUAUCAGACAAUGCCAAAAUAUUGUGUAAAAUAAUUCCUCGAGUAAUCUGUACAAACGCAUUUGCCAGUUGUGAUCCAAGUGUUAUUAAACACGCACCUCACAAACUAAUCAAUCCGUUGACAGUGAAGCUAGAAAUAUCUAUUAACAAAGAGCACAUAGAACCAAUUGGUGUUGCUAAUUCUAAACGUUUGGUAGUUAGUGUCGUAUUCAAAGAUGUGAAACAUCAACAUAUUUGGUCCAAGAAUCUUUUCAAGUUAGCUGAUGCUAUCAAUCAUUUACUGCGGUUAUUUGUAGUACAUAACGAUUGUGUAAUAAAUUUAAAAAGGCUUAACUUAAAACAAAACUUUAAUAUUGAUUUUAUACUUGUACACAAGACUGAUUGCAAAAACAAUGCUGCACGUAUUAAUUCAGAUACUACCAUAACAGUUAUUAAAACAAUGUCUGCCAUACAAUUUUAUCAGGCAGAAAUUGGAUUAGAAGUGCCACCUUUAUUUGGCAUGGAAUCUCAAGUGAAAUGUCUGAAAAGCAUCAUCAAAGCUGCAAAAAAUGGCUGUAGUCCUUUGUGUAAUAUGAUAUUAUUGAUUGGUCCAUCUGGUAGUGGAAAAACAAGGUUAGUUACUCAUGUUGCUGCAUCAUUGAAGUGCAUACUUUUUGACAUAAUAUCUACAGAUUUGGUAAAAGCUGAUCCAGGUUCUACAGAGUCAGUUAUUCGUGGCUUAUUUAAAAGAGUACAGUUAAUAUUAGAGCAAGAUAGCAAAAUUGUGUGUAUAAUAAUGCUGGAGAAAGCUGAAAGCAUGCUAAAUAGUAAAAGUUCUAAUGCUAAACGAAUUUGUGCUCAGAUACAAGAUUGCUUAACUUCUGUUAAAAAUAGCUGUCGAAUUAUAGUCAUUGCAACUACCAGCAUGCCUCAUUUAAUUGAUGCAUCUUUUAAACAAGGGUCAAGAUUUUCAUAUGAGAUUUAUAUUGGUGUUCCAUCAGAAAAAGAACGAGUAAAAUUAAUACAAGGCUUUUGUGGAAUUUUAAAUAUAAAUAUAAAAUCUAAUAUUGUGUCAGAUUUAGCUAAAUUAACACCAGGAUACACUUCAGCUGAUUUAGAAUUAAUUUUCAAAGAGAUUCUUAAUGAAUCUAAUUUAAUUUCUGAAUUAGAAAUGGGUAUAUUGUAUGGUACUAUUUUACUUAUUGCCAAGUACCCAGCUUCAUCUUUGAGAUCAGGAAUUGGUCAAGUCAUUACAAAGUCAGAAUCUUGUUCAACUACAACUUUGGGUGGCUUAACAAAUGUCAAAUUAAUGCUAGAUGUUUGUAUUAAAUGGCCUCUUAUUUAUCCAAAGGCUUUCAAAUAUUUUGCAGUUCCUCCUCCUAAAGGUGUUUUACUUUAUGGUCCUCCAGGAUGUGGUAAAACAAGCCUUGUACGUUCAAUAGCUUCAUCAGCUAAUUUGAAUGUCCUUACAGCAAUGGCUGCCGAAUUAUAUUCUCCUUAUUUAGGUGUAACAGAAGCAAAUAUUUCACAAUUGUUUCAAAGAGCCAGAGCCAAUGUUCCAGCUGUAUUGUUUAUAGAUGAGAUAGAUUCAUUAGUCAGCUGUCGUUCUGAAGGAAAAAAAGGAUCAUCUGGGUUUGAUGACAGAGUUUUAUCAACGUUUUUGGUUGAAAUGGAUGGUAUCACAAAUGACACAGAACAUGGACAAGGAGUUGUAAUUGUGGCAGCUACUAAUCGUCCAGAUAAUAUAGAUACUGCUUUAUUAAGACCAGGAAGAUUUGAUCGUCAGAUCUAUGUGCCUCCUCCACAAACAAUUGAAGAACGUUUUAACAUACUUCAUACUAUUGUUAAUAAUCCUGAACAGAGUAUGCCACUUUCGGAUUCAUCAAUUUUGAAUGAAGUUGCCUUAAUGACUGAUAGGUUUUCAGCAGCUGAUCUUGCAAGUGUUGUAAAAGAAGCUGGUCUCUCUUGUUUAACUAAAGAUGGUCUUAAAACAUUUACAACAGUUAAAAAAGAACAUUUUGAGGAUGCAUUAGCUAAUGUUAAACCAUCAUUAUCUGAAGAGCAAAUUUUAUGGUAUAGCAACUUUUCAUCUCGGCAAAAACAGUAAAUAUUUUGUUUUAUAAAGAAUUUGAACUACUUGUUAUGUAAAUAAUUACAAUACUUGAAUACAUAUAAAAUUAUUUUUUUCUUUUAUUUAAAUAUAUACUCC